ACCGUUGUGAUAAACAAUAUGGCGGACCUCGAAAGAAAUCAUUAGGUACUAUGUUUCUUCUGUUAAUUAUCGAUCAUUAAGAGACAGACAUCAACCAAACACUGAGAUGUCCUAGUGAACCUUAAUCCAGAAAACUGAACUAUGCAAGCCUACACAAAGCCAUUGUCGCUAUGGCAACUGGUUGAGCAGAAUGUGCAAGUCCAUGAGCGGGAUGAGAUCAAAGAGAUGCUGGGCUCAUCAUUGGUAGAGCAAAGUUUGGAGCUGCAUCAGGAGAUCUCAAUGUUGCUUGAAAUAUGGAGAGACAUGAGAGAUGAACAAAAUGACUUGACUCACUCACCUACAACAUUGCCUGAGCCCCCUAAUCUAAGAGAUCGCCUUGUCCAAGAAAUUUGUUUUUUUGUUGAAAAUGUGAAAGAAAAAGCCAAGCAAAAAGGGAUAGAUCCUCAGCAUAUUCUAAAGAAACACAACCCUGAGAUUCUGGGAUAUGCCACAGAAAUGACAAGACCUGGAUCAUCAUUGAGCAAAACAUCCAGGUCAUCAGAUGGGAGGGAGACACCUAUGGUACCCAUCUCAACACACAGGCAGUCAUUGGCUGAUGAGCUUACAGGUGAAGUAGAGUCUGUCAACAAACAACUGAAUUACCUGGAUUUCCACCAAGUGUGUCUCAGUUUACGGAGAACACUGGAGCAAGAGAUUGACCAGCUGAUAGAGGACAUCCAGUUCCUGCACACUUGUCUGGACACAGAGGUGGAUAUCAGGGACUGUGUCACCCCCAGGUUGGCAUCUAGAGAGCCAACCCUCACAGAGUUGAGAGAAGAGCGGUCUUUGCUUGAGAAGGAGCUUCUGGCCACUGGUAGUCUGACAGCCACCCCUGACGUCCACAAGCCAAAGUUUGGCUCAGAAACCAUUCUGCCAAAGACGCCCUCAAGAGAGAUGUCCCCUCCACACCGCCCUGGGUCUAGCAGAGUUGGGCCACUGAGAGCCAGACAUGACAUCGACCUGACAUCCCCACCUCCUAAGUCUGAGCUUCUGUCCCCCGUGUCAACAAUAUCCACGUCCAGCAUGACACGCUUGACUGACUCCACCAGCAUGACACGCCUGGCUGACUCCACCAGCAUGACACGCCUGGCUGACUCCAAGACUUUAACAUCUGCUGGCCUGGUGCCAGUUGCAUCAAGAAGUGACAGCAGCGUCAGCAGACAGCCGGCACCACCCAGAUCAGCCCAUUGUGGCGCCACCCUGUCAAGUUCUGGCACCGUGCUGCUGGGUGCCAAGAAAAGAACUAUCAGCCCCGCCCGUGUCAGAGUGGUGCGAGUCUCCAACAUCGUUGACGACCAGCUCAGCAAGGGCGACCACUCCCAGCACUUGAUCAACUUCUCCUCUCCCUCCCUCUCCUCCUCCCCCUCCCCCUCCAGCUCGGAGGAAGUUCUGCGGGCCAGUGGGGCACACGCUGACAGGUUUAGGAAGAUGGUGUUGGAGUGUCGCGAUGGGGAGUGACCAAUCCAUGCCUCGAGAGUGUUUGGCUUUGACAUGUCUAACUGUAAUGUGUUUGGCUCUAUGGCUGUAGCUUAUAUGGCUGUUGAGAUUCUAUGGCUGUAGCUUAUAUGGCUGUGACGUUUGAAAUUUCCUGUGCUGUAGGCCAGAUUAUCAACUGGACUGAUGGAGUGUGAGCUCCACUUGUCUGCCCAUACAUACUUGAGUCAAUCAAACAUUAC